GAAUCAUUUAUUAUUAUUAUCCACCGCAGCAGCAGCCGGUCGCACGGCUCUUCCCCAGUCCAGACCACGCGCCCCGGUGCGCGUCUCUCUGACUGCUGCUGCUCUUGUCGUCCCGGUCGGUGGAGGCUGUUGGAAUUGAAUUGACUUGAAUUGACUUGUUUCAGCGGUGACUGCAGUGUGGUGUGGUGGUGGUGGUUGGUUAUCGCCUCUUCCCCCCCCCCUAAUAAUACCGUGUUUUGUCGCCGUUUGGUGCAAAACGACGCGGUGGUCACAUGUCCUGACAAGCAGACAAGCAAGCAAUCACUCACUCAACCAUUCUACCCACCCCAUUCCUAUCCACCACUUCAGGUAUCACCGUCGCUCGGUCAAGAUGAUGGGCUUCAGUGGUCAUUCGUUUCACCAGCAACGGCAGCCCCAGCAAAAUGCGCAUCCGCAGCACCAGCUGCAGUCCCCGUCCAUGGCGGCGGCGGCCCAUCCACAACAACAUGGCACCGGCAUUCCCGGGAAUAACGCUCUAUUUCGGGGUCAAUCGCAGGCGGAGUUGGCUGCCAAUUCCCCGGAUCUCCGCAAAAUGACCCCCUCCUCCACAGGCCCUUUAGUCGGGCUCCCCACGGGGGGUCAUUAUAGUCCGUUCCCCGGGCAUUACCCGCCACAGGGCUCGUCGGAUCUGCUGUCUCGGAAUGCGGACUCUGUUGGUCAAUUGAAGGAUCCCUAUCUAUCCUUGCAGAGUUUGCAACGCAAUAUGAACCCCAUGGCCAGUUUCCGUACACACCAUAACACCAUCAAUCCGCAGGCUGCCAUGUCCCCACAUGCGCACGCAAUGGGCCUCGCUUCCCCCCAGCAGUCUUUCGACAGACUGCAGCAGCAGCAUCUUCAGCAUCGGCAGACUCCCCAUGCUCACCCGACGACGCAAACUUCUGGAGCUGCGUCGCCAAUGCUGACGGCAGCCCAACCUCAACAUCCUUUCCAUCAAUCUGCGUACCAGCAGACACAUCAAGCUUCACCAUAUCAACAGGCGCAGCAACAAUCGCCAUAUCAACAAGCUCAAGCGUCGCCGUAUCAAGCGCAACAAGCGCAUUAUCAACAGCAGGCGCAGUAUCAGCAGCACCAACAUCAGCACCAGCAAUCGCCAUAUCAGGCACAAGCGCAGCAGUCUCCAUACCAGCAACAUGCACAUCAAACUUAUCAGCAGCAACAAGCACAACAGCAGGCUCAACAACAGGCCCAGCAGAAGGCUCAGCAGGCACAACAGCAAGCCCAACAACAGGCACAACAGCAAGCCCAGCAGCAAGCUCAACAACAGGCACAACAGCAGGCCCAGCAACAGGCUCAACAGCAAGCUCAGCAGAAAGCCCAACAAGCUCAGCAGCAAGCUCAGCAGCAAGCUCAGCAGCAAGCACAGCAACAGGCGCAACAACAGGCGCAACAACAGGCGCAACAACAGGCGCAACAACAGGCGCAACAACAGGCGCAACAACAGGCGCAACAACAGGCGCAACAACAGGCGCAACAACAGGCGCAACAACAGGCGCAACAACAGGCGCAACAACAGGCGCAACAACAGGCGCAACAACAGGCGCAACAACAGGCGCAGCAACAGGCGCAGCAACAGGCGCAGCAACAGGCGCAGCAACAGGCGCAGCAACAGGCGCAGCAACAGGCGCAGCAACAGGCGCAGCAACAGGCGCAGCAACAGGCGCAGCAACAGGCGCAGCAACAAGCACAGCAACAGGCUCACCAGCAAGCACAACAGACUUACCAGCAACAGCAGUCUCGGUUUCAACAGCAGCAGGCCCAACGGUCUCCGUACCAGCCACAGCCACAGCAACUUCAAUUCCAGCAUGCAUAUCAGCGUCAGUAUCCACAGCCGCAGACACAGACACAGACACAGCCACAGCCACAGCAGCAGCCGCAACACACCAUUGUGCAACAGCAUCCACAGCAACAGCACCAUGUCAUGCACCAACAUCAAGCGCAGCAGCAGCAUCCGAUGUUGCAACAACACCAGGCUCAACAGCAGCAGCCAUCACCUGCACAAGCAAAGGGGCAGCUCCCACAGCAGCGUCCGCAACAGUCCUCCGCCCCAGCUAGUAUGGCCGGGGCUGAGCUUAUUGCCCCAACACCAGAGAAAAUUGAGAGUGUUGGCACUAAGCAACGGAAAAAGGCGUCCAAGCCUUCUGCAUCUCCAGCGGCGUCUGUUACUCAAGUCAAUGGGCAAGUUCAAGCUGGAUACCCAGCUCACACUGCUGUUCCUGCUGCUGCUGCUUCUGCUUCUGCUCCCGGCCACGGCCCCGUUCUCAUUCCCGGCCACGGUCCCAGUCUUACUCCCGCUGCUGCACUCAGUUCUGCUCAAGGGCCUGCUACUGCUGCAGCAGCACCUGAUGCGGAUGGUGCCGUUCCAGAUAAACCCCCCGGCAAAAAGAGAGGUCGGCCACGUAAACCUGUAAUACCAGGAGAGGAGAAGAAGCCCCGGCCCAAGAAACCCAAAAAGCCUCAGACAGUGACAACUACGGCACCAGAUGGCACGCCGAUGGUAGUUACGGUCCCCACAAGUAAUGCAGAGAGUUCAGCUGCGGGUUCGGGUUUGGGUCCAGGUCCUGCGCCUGCACCUGCACCUCCACUACCACCGAUCAUUGGGCCCGACGGGAACCCUAUCCCGCAAAAGCGAGGUCGUGGACGUCCCCGCAAGUCAGAACAGGGCAAUGUGCCUCCGAAGCCUAGGCCACCAAAGAAGCCAUCGUCCAAGCCAGGCACCGGGCGGCCUCGUGGACGGCCGCGUAAGGCGGAUGUUGAAGCGCGCAAGGCAGCUGAAGCAGCCGCCGCAGCAGCCGCAAGUGGUCAAACACCAGGCGAACAGGUUCAAGCUGGAGGCCCGAUACAAGCUGUACAACCGGCGCAGGCGCAGGCGCAACCCCAGCCUCAAGCUCAAGCUCAGCCACAAGCGCAGGCCCAGCCUCAACCCAGGGCGCAACCUGCACAGCAAUACCAGCAUCAUCAUCAGUUCCAAGUCACCCCGCAGCCUCACCACAUCCACGGGCAUCAAAUCCAAGGCCAAUCCAAAGGUCAAUCCCCGGCGCAUCAGAUGCAUACUUCGAGCCAAGCUCAGUUCCAAGCACUGCAACACCAGUUCCAAGCCCAGCCUCAGCCUCACACUAACACCCAUGCCAACCACCAACACCAAGCUCAAGCCCAAGCCCAGUCCCGUCCAAUGACUACAAAGCAACCAGCUCAGACACCGACACAACCUAGACAGAUGCAGGCUCCAGCUCAGGCUCAAGCUCAGGCACAACCCAGACAAAUGCAGGGUCAAGCUCAGGCUCAGGCACAGUCUCAGACACAACCCAGACAGAUGCAGAGUCAAGCUCAAACGCAGGCUCAGGCACAGCCUCAAGCACGUCAAAUACCGGCUCAGGCACAGAUGCAACCCCGUCAAAUCCAGGCGCAGCCACAGCCCCAGGCGCAAGCGCAACCCCGCCAGAUUCAUCCUCAAUCGCAACCGCAGCCGCAGCCGCAGCCCCGUCAAAUGCCGACUCAAGCCCAACCACAAGCACAAGUCCACCACACUCAGGCUCACCAACUCCAGCCACAUCAACUGCAAGCUCAAGUACAAGGCCACCCUCACGCCCAUCAAGCUCACUCUCACUCUCAAUUCCACAUGCAUCCCCACCUCCACCCCCACGCGCAAUCGCAAGCUGCCGACCCGAUGGCCCUGAAUCCAUCCCAAAAGCGCGGGGCGCCUGUGGACGAUGACCCGCGAAAACGGGCCUUCCUCAUGCCCCAGCAGAUGUGAUUCUUCGCCUGCAAACGUUCUGCACAUGAUGCCUGCCUGCCUGCCUGCUUGAUUCUUACGCUAGAUGCUACGAAACGCACUCAUGUCGUCCCAUCUGAUUACUUGUUAUUCUUCAUUGUUGAUGCUAUCUCAAAUUUCUGGACGUUAUUCUGGCGAGUCUAUCUACAACGUUGUAUCACAUUUGUCUGCCUGGGAGCUUUUUUUUUUUUUUUCAGCUCCUCAUCUCUAUCUAUUAUUCAUCAUCCGUCAUGAUUAACCAACAGCCCAGCCCAGCCCAGCCCAAUGCCAGUCCAACUAAGCCUGCAUUAUUGUUUGCGUCUAUCCCGCCUGUCUGUGCUUUUUUGCUCUGAUUUGUUUUUGAUUCCUUCAAGCCCAAACUCCAAAGUACAGGUACAUGAAACAAGUACUCCUCGUCAGUCCCCCACCACCAUAUCAAAUUCCAGUCCAACCUAUACCUUUACCUACCUACCACCCACUUAGCUAGCUCAGU